UUAUUCUUUUUCUUUACAGUUUUCUUUCUCUUGCCAUUUCCCAUUUCAAGGCCUCGUUCUUUUCUUGUUUCUUCUUCACCAUAGCCCUCCUUGGAGAAUACCUGAAAAUCAAUUUAGAAACAGAAAUGGGAUCUCCAGUUUUGGCAAUCCAGAACUUGCUCAAGUGGAAGAAGUAUAAAAGGCUUGAUUUUGGUACUGUAUUUGUAAAGGGUAGACGUUUGGAGAAACACGCAGUAUCAUGGAGGGAGCACUGCACCGAAAGAAUUGGAGCUUCUAUUUCUUGUUCUCACAGUUUCAACAAGGAUACAAACCUACCAUCUAUUCAAGAACUUACUAAUGCUCGAGUUAUUUAUAGUGUAGCUCCUGCUUUGGGUCAUAACCAGGAGUCGCAUCCAGAAUCCCAUCUUAGAGUUCCUGCAAUUGUGAGUGCCCUUGAAAAGAUGGAGCUCACUUCAAAGUUUCGUGGUCCAGAGAUUACUGAACUUAAAAAUUUCAUGCCUGCUUCUGUGGAUGACAUUGCAAGUGUCCAUGCUAAACCUUACAUUGCUCGCCUUGAGCAGGCUAUGGAUCAAGCUUCAGAACAGGGCAUUAUUUUCAUUGAAGGCACAGGACCAACUUAUGCUACUAGCGAUACAUUCCAGGAGUCACUUGUGGCAGCUGGAGCAGGACUAGCCUUGGUUGAUUCAGUGGUUGCAGCAUCAAACAACAGUCAGAAUCCGCCUACAGGAUUUGCUUUGAUAAGGCCUCCAGGUCAUCAUGCUAUUCCAAAAGGGCCUAUGGGCUUUUGUGUUUUUGGUAAUGUGGCCAUUGCAGCUCGCCAUGCUCAACGUGUGCAUGGAUUACAAAGAGUCUUUAUUAUUGAUUUUGAUGUUCACCAUGGGAAUGGGACAAAUGAUGCCUUUUAUGAUGAUCCAGAUAUAUUCUUCUUGUCAACUCACCAAGAUGGCAGCUACCCAGGUACAGGUAAAAUUCAUGAGGUAGGUCAUGGAGAUGGGGAGGGGACAACACUAAAUCUACCUUUGCCAGGAGGAUCAGGUGACAUUGCCAUGAGGACUGUGUUUGAUGAAGUCAUUGUGCCAUGUGCUCAUAAGUUCAAGCCAGAUAUAAUUCUCGUUUCUGCUGGGUAUGAUGGUCAUGUUCUGGAUCCGCUGGCCAGUCUGCAAUUUACAACAGGAACAUACUACAUGCUGGCCUCAGAUAUUAAACAACUCGCCAAAGAUCUAUGUGGGGGCCGUUGUGUAUUUUUCUUGGAGGGAGGAUACAACCUUGAUUCUCUUUCAUAUUCAGUGGCAGACUCUUUUCGCGCUUUCCUUGGGGAGAAAAGCUUGGCAUCUGAGUUUGAUAACCCUGCAUUCCUCUAUGAAGAGCCAUCAACAAGAGUGAAGCAAGCAAUUCAGAGAGUUAAACACAUACAUUGCCUAUGAAUAAUCUAAACAUAUAUAACAAUAUGUCUUACAAGGUUCCAAGAUCUACUUGUGAAUGAACUUCUGGAUAAGCUACGCUAGCAGGAGAACUUCGAUUAAUCAAAAACUCCAGCGACAAGCUGCCCAUCAGACUUUGAACAAUAAGACAAGUUAUUGUAUAGUAUCUUUAAGAAUGUAUAGGAUUGCCAUUGUAUUUAUACACUAAUGACAGGUUCAAUUACAAGCAUUGGUUGGUAAAGUUGUAGGAUACAUUUUCAACUUUUGCAGUUUGAAUAAGAUGUGCCAAGCUUCUUUA